ACUGAAUCAUCCACUGUGGAUACUAAUGUGUCAUCCACUGUGGAAACUACUGUGUCAUCCAGUGUGGAAACAACUGCGUCAUCCACUGUGGACACAACUGAGUCAUCCACAGUGGAAACUACUACUGAGUCAUCCACUGUGGACAAUAAUGAGUCAUCCACGAUGGAAACUACCACUGAAUCAUCGACUGUGGACACUGCUGCGUCAUCCACUGUGGAAAGUACUACUGAGUCAUCCACUAAGGAAAAUACUACUGAGUCAUCGAUUGUGAACAUUACUGCGUCAUCCACUGUGGAAACAACUGCGUCAUCUACUAUGGACAUUACUGAGUCUUCCGCUGUGGGAACUAUUACCGAGUCAUCCACAGUGGAAACUACUACUGAGUCAUCCACUAAGGAAACUACUACUGAGUCAUCCACUGUGGAUACUAAUGUGUCAUCCACUGUGGAAACUACUGUGUCAUUCAUUGUGAAAACAACUGCGUCAUCCACUGUGGACACAACUGAGUCAUCCACGAUGGAAACUACUACUGAGUCAUCCACUGUGGACACUACUUCUGAGUCAUCCACGGUGGAAAGAACUGCGUCAUCCAUUGUGGACAAUAAUGAGUCAUCCACAAUGGAAACUACCACUGAGUCAUCGACUGUGGACACUGCUGCGUCAUCCACUGUGGACACUACUGGUGAGUCAUCCACUGUGGACAUUACUGCGUCAUCCACUGUGGAAACUACUAAUGGGUCAUCCACUUUGGAAACUACUGAGUCAUCCACUGUGGAUAUUACUGCCUCAUCCACCGUGGAAACUACUACUGAGUCUUCGACUGUGGAUAGUACUGCGUCAUCCACUGUGGAAACAACUGCGUCAUCCAUUGUAAAAAUUACUUCUGAGUCAUCUACUGUGGAAACAUCUGCUAUGCCUACCACUGUGGAAAAAACUAUUGUGUCAUCCACUGUGGAAACGACUACUGCGUCAUCCAAUGUAGUCACUACUGCUGAUUCAACCAUUAUGGAAACUACUACAAUUCCUACUUCCGUAGAAACUAAAACUAUGCCCACCUCUGAGAGAAUAGCCACUGAGUCACCUACUGCGGAAACCAUGCCCAGCUCUGUUGAAAAAUCCACCGAAUCAACUACUGUAGAGACAACUAUAAUGUCCACCACUGCGGAAACAACUACCGAGUCUUCCACCACUAACCAGCUCACCACCGUAGAAACAGGAGCUAUGUCAACUACUGUGGAGACUAAAACUAUGCCCACCACUUUAGAAACAACUACUAUGCCCAGCACUGUGGAAACAACUACUAUGCCCACCACUGUGGAAACAACUACUAUGCCCAGCACUGUGGAAACAACUACUAUGCCCAGCACUUCUGUGACCAGAACACAGGACACUGUAGUUGCAAGCCUGGUGUCAGAGGACGAAAAUGUGAUGCAUGUCCUGUUAAUUCUUAUGGCUUUCCUACAUGUACAG